CUUCAAAAAUGACCAUCACUCUUGGGUCGUGAGACCAGCCAUCGUCUCAUUUUGGAUCACUCUGGAGUUUUCCAACCAUUGCCAUGAGCGUUGCCAAGACCGUCCUCAUCACUGGCAGCAACCGCGGCAUCGGCCUCGCCUUCACGCGCCACUACGUGAACACCGAUUGGAAGGUCAUCGCCGCAGCACGCGACGUCGAAGGAGCCACCGACCUAAAGGAGUUGGCGGUGUCGAAGAUCAUCCCACUAGAUAUCACCGACGAGUCUUCAAUUGCCAAGGCGGCCGGGGAGCUCAAGGGCGAGCCCAUCGACCUAUUGAUCAACAAUGCCGGCAUGGGCGGCGGAGGCGGCGUUCCUGACGUUACCAAGGCGGAAGUGAUGAAGCUCUUCGAAGUGAACGCUGUCGGUCCCUUCCUCGUGACGCGUGCUCUGCUGCCGAAUCUGAAGCUGGCGGUGGCUAAGAAUGGCACAGCUACAGUGAGUCAGAUCACCUCACGCCUGGGCAGCAUCGCUGACAAUGCCUCCGGUGGCAGAUACAGCUACCGCGCGUCAAAGUCGGCACUUAACAUGCUCAAUAAGAGCCUCUCGAUCGAUCUCAAGGACGACAAGAUCGUUACACUGGCGCUACACCCUGGAUACGUCGUGACGCGCAUGACUGGCCACAAGGGCGAAGUCACUACUGUGGAGAGCGUCGCUGGUCUCACUAAGGUCAUCGCGAACGCUAAGCCUGAGGACAGUGGCAAAUUCUUCCACUUCCGUGGCGACAUUCUCCCGUGGUAAGGCUGCUAAUGGGACAAGCGAGGGCAUUGGGUAGCACACUUGAAGGUGAGCCAUUGCAACAAGUUGCCAGUUGCUAACGGCAAAUGAGCUUUUACUUUAAUUGAGUUUUCGCUCCUUCACCUUUGGAUGGCAACAUCAUCUUCAUCCACUGGCCGUCGGUCUACAGGGCACACUCGUCGAUACAGUAGCCAUUGCGCAAUACAUUGAGCAUGGAAGACGUGACCACAAGGCAGUGCUUCAGCACUCUCGUCCUCCAUGUUGCCGUCCAAGCAAAUGAUACACACAUUCUGGUCUUCGUCUUCAUAGCAGGACGUCACCUCCUCUCUUCUUGCCAAAAUUACUGCAGCCUCAGCCUCUUGCCGACGCAGAUACGCUGACAUGUCGGCCACAUUCUUCUCUGCCAGUCGCAGCGUCGACGCCAAUCGCCCUUGUUUCCCACUCGACAGCCCUCCAGUGCCUUGAUUCUGCUGCAACGAGAGCGCCACGAUACUCGCAAUGUGCUGCGCCAGAUUUCCCUUGGCUGGAGCCUCGAGUCCGAGCUGUCGCCGCGGUCGUCGGCGCGUCCUGACCGUCUCCAUCGUCACUGGGACUGGCCUUCUUGCAAACCCUUCAAUUCUGAUACAAAAAGAAAUAACUCUUUGCUACAUCUCACAAAAAAAUUGUCAAAAGGUGUAUGUAUUGGAACGCGACCUAGUCUGGUCUCCAGCUAUUGCCUCUGCAACAUUUACUCAUCAUUGGACUUGUGCUUCUUGUGCUUCUUCUUCUUCUUCUUGUCCUUCUUGGAUGCCUCCUCUCCUUCCUCAGCAUCCUCCUCGUCCGAGUCCUUCCCAC